AGGUCCGGUGUGUCACGCAGAACUGACAGCAUUUGGUCGUUUAUACUGUCUUCACAACACUUACAAAAAAACAGAACUGAUGACAGAGGCCCAGACUGUGUGCCAGAAAAUGGGUGGACAACUGCCCGAGGCAGAGACGUUGAAGCAUUUAGCGGUUUUAGGCCGCAUCGCAUACCCCGCCCAGGUCAUCUGGAUGGGUGCCACGGAUCAUGUCAAAAGAAAUCACUAUGUGUGGCCAAGUGGAGAACCUGUGGACCGGUCGAUGUUUGGUAAAAAUGAACCUAAUGGGGUUGAUGAAAGAUGUCUUGUAUUGUUCUCAACUUCUCGGCAGUUGUCAGACUAUCCUUGUGAAAGAAAAGUAGAUGACGCAUUUAAUAUAGUUUGUGCUAUUGUGCUGAUCUAGAGUCACGUUUCAAGAUAUUGAACUUUGAACCCUUUCUAUCAAAUUUCACAAAAAGAAUACAUGUACUUCUAAAUAAAUGCAAUUUUGAAAGCAGGGCACUUAGUGAAAAAAAAGGAGGAAAGGGGGAGAACAAUCCUGGAGAAAUCUUUAAACGCUUCUAAAUUCCUUCGUGUUAACAAGAUCUGCUGGAAUUUUAAUUCUAGGCGUGUUGUUGAGUGAAGUGAAAUGCA